AACCAAGAAGAACAACCAAGCGAUACAGAGACAGACACAAAGACAUUGAAUAGUGAAAAAAGUUAUAAAAUACAGAGGUAUUCUGAGAAACUACACAGGUGAAGAGCACGUAUGAUCCAACAAGGUGAAGAUAAGAAGACAAUAAAAGAAAUGGAAGAAACAGAAAUGAUCUUCUGUAAUUUUGCUGUUUCUCUCCUACUGCUAUCGCUUAGUGUUAGCGGCACCACAAAUGUUUUGUUUUUUUCUUUCAGGGACUGAGCCGCAGUGUGUUGUAAAGCUGAAAGUGCCACGACACACAGUCUUUAAAGCUCGUAUUAUGACAGAGCUAAAGAUAAACUGUUCUGUAACUCAUCUUGGAUGUCAGAGGAACCUAAAAAUCUCAUGGUGCAAAAUCUAUGGAGAUGACUGUAAAGCUUUAAAUCACUCAGAUGACAUAAAAUAUGAGUUGAAGAAUACAGCAGAGCAUGAAAGAAUGGCUUUCCUGAUUUUCCAGAACAUCUCAAUAGAAGAUAUAGGUUCAUACAGAUGUAAAGAGGGUGACAUGUCUGUAAGUCAUACUAUUAAUGUUACUGUUACAAAAGAUAAUGGCGAAGAUGAAGUUAUAAACAAUCCAAGUAACAAAAAUGAUUCUAAUACAGUUCCAGAAGAUGGUCUGCAGUGGUUGUGGCCAUAUGUGUACAUCUGCAGUGGAAUAGCGGCACUGGUGAUCAUCAUUAUAACCAUAACAUUAUUUGUCUUCGGAUACCAAGACACAAAAUCCAAAACAGAAGAAAUGACAAAUAAAAAUCAGUACAUGGAAACUCAAAGUAGUGACCUGCUUCCUCCUCCUCUUCCUCAUCCCCGUCAUGACACUCGUUCUCCUUCGCACCAGAGAGGCUGUGCUUCAGAUCGUGGCUCUGAAAUUCCAGCUGUCAGAGGAACAUCAUCAGCUGGAAAAGUCAAAGAGAGAAGCCAUCACACUGUCAGCGCAGAAAGAGGAGAAGACGAUAAUGCUCUGGUCUAUGCCUCUUUGAAUCACCAGGCUGUGUCAAAAGUGCCGAGAAAAACUGCAAGACAAGAACCAGAACCUUCAGAAUAUGCUGCAAUCCGAUUCCGGUGAUUUCAAGGAUUGUUUACUAAGACACUUAAAAAAAAAGACUAUUGAGAAAUGACCAGUUGGGAAAAAUAAGGCAAGAGGGAGCAAGAAUCCAUGUUUUUGGACACUUCUUUAUUUUGGAUCAUAUGACAGCAGUUGAUUGCCGUUAUAUUAAAGGACUUGCAUGCAUUAACAAAAAACAUUUCUCACGUUUGCAAAAAUAAUUCAAGCUCUCGAUACUGCCUUACUAAAAUACAUCUAAACAAUUAUAAUAACAUUAUUGUGGAAUAUGAUGUUGCUGAUGAUGCUGACAUUAAUAAAUCACCCAGUAAAUAACAAUGGCUUGUACAAUGGAUCACCAUAAAUGUAACUUUCUGUGUUAUUAAACAUUAGAACGGAAA